AUGUACAACUUAAACCUCUACCUCUGCCUCUUGCCAUCCCUCAUCAGUAGGUGUCCUUCUGCUGCAGGUAUCAUUGAGGCUGUGGCCAAAGACUUCUUCGACAUUGAUGUGACCAUGGAUAUCCUCAGCAUGAAUAAGGAAGAGGAGAGGACAGGAAAGAAAGAGCAUGUUGUGUUUCUGGUUGUACAGAAGUCUCACAGCCAGGCCCUGGAGGCAGCUUUCCUUAGGAUGAAGGAGAAAUAUUUGAGUGUCUCUGUUUGCCCUGUGAAGAAAUCCCACUGGGAAGUUGUGAGAAGUAUAGUCAUGUUUGGAAAAGGGCAUCUCGUGAACACCUUUGUGCCCGUUUAUCCCGAGCGUCUCUGGAUUGAACAGAAGACAUUCUGCAAUGCUUUUCCUUUCCACAUUGUAUUUGAUGAAUCACUGAGGGUCAAGCAAGCUGGAGUGAAUAUUCAGAAGUAUGUCCCAGGACUCCAAAACCAGAAGAUUCGAUUGGAUGAGUAUUUCUCCAUCAUUCAUCCCCAAGUUACCUUCGACAUUUUCAGCAUCUGCAAAUUUAUCAACAGUCAAUUUGUCCUGAAGGUCCGAAGAGAAAGGAUGCCUGAGGCAUGGAAAAGUCAGCCCACACUCAAACUCCGAGGCCAGAUGAUCUGGAUGGAGUCUGCGCGGUGCAUGAUAUACCUGUGCUCCCCGAAGCUCCGCAGCCUGCGAGAGCUGGAGGCGCACCGGAUGCACCUGUCCGACAUCGCCCCCCACGACACCACCAGGGACCUCAUCCUCCUGAACCAGCAGCGGCUGGCAGAGAUUGAGCUGUCCAACCAGCUGGAGAGGAAGAAGGAGGAGCUGCGGGUCCUCUCCCAGCACUUGGCCAUAGAAAAGAAGAAAACCGAGACCUUGCUUUAUGCCAUGCUGCCGGAACAUGUGGCCAACCAGCUGAAGGAGGGCAAAAAGGUCGCUGCGGGUAAAGCAUUCCCUCCCCUUCAUGGGCGCCUCUGGGCAAGAGUAGCGGUGUGCCUCAGGGGUUAGGGGCACAGGCUCCGAAAACCAGACAGCUCUAGGUUCGGAUUCUGGGUCCAUAGCUUGUUAGCAGCAUGACCUUGGGCAGGUUGCUUGAGAUGCACGUCCUCAGUUUUCUUCUCCCAACAUCAAGAAUAAUAAAAGUAAUACCAGAGUGAAACAUGGAUUAAGUAAGAGUGCCUGUCAACUUCACCCACCUAUGGCACAUUCUCUAAGACCCGAAAGCUAUGGCUUGACACGGGCCUUUUCGUCAGUGGCCACGAAUAGAGUUCUUUAGUUGGAAAUAAUACACCCACACGUGACCUAAAUCAUGGGCCUCUAAAGACCAUUCUGGGAGAGCAAGCCAUUUCUGGAGGAAACGAUGCCACGUUUACUCUGACCUCACUUCCCAUUUGUCACGGGUGCGUGUUCACCCCCAGGCAUGUGUGGUAAACUAACUCAAUGCCAGGGUGCUGCCAGGUCUCGAGGACCCAAAGGAGGUCACAAUCUUGCGGGUUUGACAGACAUAUACAGAAUAAUUUCACAGGGUUGGCGGUAGCCAAAGGAAAGGGAACUAAUGUGCGUUAAAGAGCAAUUAUUGUGCCAGGAUCUGUGUUAGACGUUUUUAGACGUGCCAUUCCAUUGAAUUCUCUGAACACUUCUGUGAGCGAGGUGCUAUUAUCCAAAACAGCUGAGUAAAUCUACUUCACCCCAGUUUAUGAGUAAAAGAGCUGAAGACUAAUCAGAAGUCCGUCUAACUCCAACAUUCAUACGUUUUCCAUGACAAAGGUGUGGAAACACAGACGCCAGGGAAAUUCAUGAUAAAAAGGCGUCGGAAAGGAAGAGACAGGAGGCAGGGGCUGUGAGGGUUUGUAUAUAUCAAGUGUAUGGCACUUGAGUUAGACCUUGAGACUUUAUUUCAGAGGAAAAGCAGGGAAAGGCAUUUUGGGAGAACGGGAUUGCAGGAGCAAAGGUGAGGCAGUCUCAAGAUAAAUACCGCAGCCUGUAGGAUACUCCACUUGACAUGACCAGUAGGUAGCUAGGAAUUGUGGGGAGAGCUUGAAGAAAGUUCCUUGGGUAACCUAUCGAUCUAGGAAUUAUUGCAGUGUGGGUGGUGGUUAAACACCGACUCUAUGAAUUAUAAAUAAGGUCAUCCAGGGGGCAGGAGGUGAGAAGGGACGAGGGUUAGGUUUUGAAGCUUAAGGAACACCUAUUAUUUAAGGAGGAAGAAAAGCCAGUGGAAUGUGUGAAACAAGGAGAUCAGAAAGGUAGGGAGAAUAUGAGGAGAGAAUGGCAGGCCAGAAGCCAGAGGGCAGAGGAAACUACGUGAAGGAGAGAUUAUUACCAGAGGUAUAAAUAAUACAGAGAACGCCCAGCUGUGCUCAAGCAGUCACCCCUUUGGUCAUCCAACAAGUAUUUAUUGAGGAUCUACUAUGUGCCAGGCCCUGCUCUAGGUGCUGGGGAUACAGCAGAGUACGAAACAGUCUCUCAUCUCGUGGAGCUUACAGUCCAGUGGGGAAGAUAGGCAACAAACAAAGAAAGAAUCCCAUAUAAAAUAUGCCAUGUAAGGCUUGUGGGGUUGGGGGUGGAAAUCAGCCAAAAGGAUAGAGUCGAGGGACCGUUAUUUUAGAUAGAGUGAUAAAGGAAGUUCUCACUGAGGUGGUUAUGUGUGAGAUGUGAGACAGAGCCCUUUGGAUAUUGGAGAAAAGAGAAGUCGGAGAAAAGAGGCAGAGGAGACAGCAGGUGCCAGGGGCCUAAGCAGGAGGCACUUAUGAAACCCCAAGGAGGCCAGGGUGGCUGGAGUGGAGUAAGCCAGAGAGCAUGGAGACGUGAGAUCAGAGAGAUGGUGGGGACACAGGGGACCCCUUACUGGCCAUGGUAAGGAUUUUCUUUCUUUUCUUUUUUUUUUUUUUUGAGGGGGGGGACAGUGGGGAGAGCAGGAAAGAGCACACGAGCAGGGGAGAGGC